AGCUGACCAUGGCCUGUUUUAAUCCCCAGGUGAGAAAUGCUUGCCAGAUAUCCCCUACGAUGCCAGCGGCAGUUAUGAGAAGGAGAACGAAAUGAUGCAGACCCACGUCAUGGAUCAGGCCAUUAACAACGCCAUCAGCUACCUCGGGGCGGAGUCUUUGCGCCCGCUGGUGCAGACGCCCCCGGGCAGCUCCGAGGUGGGGCCAGUCAUCAGCUCCAUGUACCAGCUCCACAAGCCGCUGGCCGAUGGCCAUCCGCGGCCCAACCACACCGCCCAGGACAGCGCCGUGGAGAACCUGUUACUGCUCUCUAAGGCGAAAUCCAUCUCCUCCGAAAGAGACGCCUCCCCGAGCAACAGCUGCCAAGACUCCACAGACACAGAGAGCAAUAACGAGGAGCGGAGUGGCCUCAUUUACCUGACAAACCACAUAAACCCACAUGUCCGAAAUGGUUUGUCCAUAAAAGAAGAACACAGGCCCUACGACGUCCUGAGGGCAGCGACUGACAAUUCCCAGGACGCUUUCAAAGUGAUCAGCAACAGCGGGGAGCCAUUGAAGGUCUAUAAAUGUGAACACUGCAGGGUCCUGUUUUUGGACCAUGUGAUGUACACCAUCCACAUGGGUUGCCACGGCUUCCGUGAUCCUUUCGAAUGCAACAUGUGUGGCUAUCACAGUCAGGACAGGUAUGAAUUCUCUUCUCACAUUACACGAGGGGAGCAUCGUUUCCACAUGAGUUAAAACAUCCUUCUCUGCUAACAGUACCCUCGAGGGUUGCAUGAACAUUGACACUCCGCAUAUCUUAAAAAAAACAAAAAGGAAGAAAAGCAUCACUAAAACGAAAGAAUUAGAUACCUAUUUUUGUUCCUUUCGCAGCAUGUAUUGGCUGGUUGUAGAAUUGCAACUCAGUUUUUCUUUUUCUUUUUUUUUAAAGGAAACCAGAUUUUUAUUAUUAGUUAGAAUGUUGACUUUUAGCGCAUAAAAAUUAUUACUUAAUGCAACUAGAUGCUUUUGUAGACUGCUAAAUCAGAAUUCCAUUCCUUUCAUCUUUUGUUUCUUGUAAGUAUCCCUUCUAAAAAAAAAAAAAACUAAAAAAAAAAAACCAAACAAACACCUACUUUCAUAGAGAGCCCAUCCAAAAACAGGCCAAGGGCUGGAAAAGAAAAGAGCCCACCUCUUUGUGUGACCCUUUACAAAGACUCAGAUUCUCAUGUCAGUUGAGUUCUGUGACUUUCCAUGAAUAAUCUAUUUACAA